UCUCAGGCCCCGCUAGCGAGCCGGUUCCUACCUUUGAGAGACGCGGGCGGCUCAGCCUCGGUUCCUGUCUCGCUGUGACUUGCGGUGCUCGUGGGAGUCGUAGGAAGGAUUCAGGGAGACUCAGGAAACCUGGAAAUGUUGCAGUUGUCUUCACCUCUGGAGGGACAUGAUACACCUCUACCUGGUUAUCCUCAGGGAACCUCAGCAGCUUUGCCUUCCCACAGUCUAUGCAGGAAGAUCUGAACUGCAUGUACUUUGCUCCAGGAGCACAGGACUCGGUGACCUUUGAGGAUGUGGCUGUGAACUUCACCCUGGAGGAGUGGACUCUACUGGAUCCUUCACAGAGGAAACUCUACAGAGAUGUGAUGCAGGAAACCUUGAGGAACCUGGCCUCAGUAGGUGAAAAAUGGGAAGAUCAUGGCAUUGAAGAUCAGUACAAAAACCAGGGGAGGAAACUAAGAAGUCAUGUCGUAGAGAGACUCUGUGAAAGUAAAGAGGGUAGUCAGUGUGGACAAAAGUUCAGCCUUAUUCCAAAUCUCAGACUGAAUAGGAGGACUACUAGAGUGAAACCACGUGAAUGCAGUGCAUGUGGAAAAGUCUUUACACGUCAUUCAUCCCUUAAGAGACACAUGAGCUGUCACACUGAACGUAAACCAUGUGAGUAUCAGAAAUAUGGAGAGAAGCCGUAUAAAUGUAAGCAAUGUGGUAAAGCCUUUAGCUAUCCCCAGUUUUUGGAGGCACAUGAGAAAAAUCACAAUCGAGAGAAAAAACAUAAAUGUAAGGAAUGUGGAAAAGCGUUCCAUUCCCGUGCAUCCUUUCAAGCACAUGAAAGAAUUCACACAGGAGAAAAACCCUACAAGUGUAAGGAAUGUGGGGAAGCCUUCAUGUGGAGCACAGCAUUUCGAAGACACAUGGUAACACACACUGGAGAUGCUCCUUAUACGUGUAAAGAAUGUGGGAAAGCUUUUAAUUGUUCCUCUUCGUUGCGAACACAUGAGACAACUCACAGUGACGAGAAACCCUACCAAUGUAAACAAUGUGGAAAAUUCCUUAGGUAUUAUCAUACUUUUCGAACACAUGAAAGGACUCACACAGGAGAGAAACCCUAUGAAUGUAAGCAGUGUGGCAAAGCCUUCAGUUGUCCCAGUUCUUUUCGAAAACAUGAAAGAAUUCAUACUGGGGAAAAGCCUUAUGAAUGUAAGGAAUGUGGGAGAGCCUUCAGAGGUCUCUCAAGCCUUCGGGCACACAUGAUCACUCACACUGGAGAUGGACCUUAUAAAUGUAAGGAAUGUGAGAGAGCCUUCAUUUCUCCUAGUUCCUUCCGAAUACAUCAAAGGAUUCACACUGGAGAGAAACCCUAUGAAUGUAAACAAUGUGGUAAAGCCUUCAGUUACUACAAUUCCUUGCAGUCACACAGAAGAACUCAUACUGGAGAGAAACCCUAUGAAUGCAAGGAAUGCGGAAAAGCUCUCUCCCAUCACCAAACCUUAAAAAUACACAUGAGACUGCACACUGGAGAGAAACCCUAUGAGUGUAAGCAAUGUGGUAAAGCCUUCAGGUAUUACCCCUCCUUUCAUAAACACAAACGAAUUCAUAUUGGAGGGAAACCCUUCGAAUGUGAACAAUGUGGUAAAGCCUUCAGUCACUACAGUUCCUUACAGUCACAUGGAAGAAGUCAUACUGGAGAGAAACCCUAUGAAUGCAAAGAAUGCGGGAAAGCCCUCUCUCAUCACCAAACCUUAAGAGUACACAUGAGACUGCACACUGGAGAGAAACCCUAUGAAUGUGAACAAUGUGGUAGAGCUUUCAGAUAUUACACUUCCUUCCAAAAGCACAAAAGAGUUCAUACUGAGAAGAAAAUCUAUGAAUAAGGAAUUAUGGAAAAGCCUUUAGUUGAUCAACUUCACUUUGAAAACAUGAAAGAAGCCACAUUGGAGAGAAGGCCUGUCAGUGUAAGCAAGGUGGGAAAGUCUUUAGAUAUUUUCAAAGUUUGCAAACACAUGAAAGGACUCCCAUAGAAGAGAAACCUUGUAAGCAAUGUGGUAAAUCCUGCAGAGAUUACACUUCUUUAGAAAUGCACGAAAGAACUCAUACUGACAAGAAACCCUGUGACUGUAAGGCAUGUGGAAAAGCCUUCAGAUGUUAUCAGAGGUUUUUUUUUUUUUUUUUGAAGACAUGAAAAAGAUCAGAGUGGAGGGAGUGUGGUAAAGCCUUCAUUUAUCACAAACCAUUUGAAGACGUGUGAAAGUGCACACUGGAGAGACACUGUAUAAAUGCAAGGAAUGUCAGAAAGGCUUCAGUCAUCCCAGUUAUGAAAGGAUGAAAGGACUCACUGGACAAAAGCUCUUGAGUUAAACAUCCUGGGAAAGAUUUCAAUGAGCCCACAUCUUUACAUGUGAAAACUCCCACUGAAAAGAAAUAAAAAUGUAAGUGACAUGAGAAAGCUUGAUGGAAAUUAAUCUAUGUGUAAUGUUUCCAGAAAACAGGAAAGAGUUGUUAUUAAAGAUGUAAAUAUGCUGUGUUUAUCAAGCCUCUUUCUUAAAAUGCACCACUGGUCAGGGGAUUUCUAGUAAUUACUCUCAGAAAUGAAUAUGAGGUGAGAUGAUUCUAUAAGUCAUAUGUUUCCACAGCAGUACAUGAGAUUAAUAGGUAGUGCUUUUUCUUUAAGUCAGUUAAUAAUAUUUUCUCUUUCCUUUUUGAAACCUGUUGGAUCAUAGGUGGGUCGAAGUGUGUUUCUAAUAAUGCAAUUAGGUUAACCUUGUUUUAUAAUGUUUUAUUUGUUCUGUGUUAAGGGGCCACUGAAAAAUGAUGGUUUGGUAUUUGGAUUUUCCUAAUGGCCUUGUGGCCAUUCUUGGAUAUCUCUAGUUCAGUAUAUAUAUUUAUCCUUCUUACUGACAAAGCUCCUUUUUGAUGGUGAAGAGUAUAAGAGCCUUUUUCCAUUUUCCAUACUAAAAAACAGUUGAUAAAUAUUUAUGUAUGUCUUCAUUUAUAAAAGAAUACAGCUUCCAUGUGAAUUACUAUUUUCAUGUUUGGGUCUUUGCUUUAUGUCUUUUCUUCUGGCUAUAAUUUGGUGAAUAGAUUUUGAAUUAAAGAAGGGAGGCCUGGGACUUCCCUG